UCCCUUGUUCAUUUAGUCUGAUCUGACGUGUAUUUAAAUCCGGAUUCCUUCGUCCGUACACAGUCAAAUAAUUAAUUCAAUUUAAAUUAUUAUAAAAAUUUUGCUAGUUAUUUUGCAAUCGGAUUUUCUUAAGCUCUAUAAGCUAAAUGGUAAAAUUGCGGUAAUCACAAGAAGUGUCGGACAAACCGUUUGAAACGGAGCAACAAAUAGCAGCAUUGUUUGCUUUAAAUAAAAUGUGUGAAGAUUAUAUUUGUGGCGAAUCAGGCCUGUGAAUGUGUAGUUAUGUUUGCACAAUUUGUUAGGAAAGUUCGACCCCAUUGAAUUAUUUUAUCACAGUGUGCAAUUUCCUUCGAAACCACGCACACCACUUGGAACAAAUAAAUUACUCAUGGUUUGAAAAAAUAUGAAAAAUGCUUAUGAUAUCUGGCGCAUUUUUCGUAUGUGCCUAACUAAACGAAAAGCUUGGUCCCCAAAUUCGGUUGCAAAAAACCAAAAGCUCCGAGUCACCUCCAACCACCGAAUGGUAAAACUAAAGCCCAAAAAGUCCUUCAUUUCCAAACCAGAUUUUUCCAAACCCGCCUGGUUAAAAGAAUGGACUAUAUCUAAGGGCUGGGUACAUAACAGGAGUCAUAUGCUGUCUUUGGGGAUGAACAAAAUGGACAAUGCCACUUAUAAUAAAAUUGAAACUGAUGGCGAAAAGGCUGAAGAAGAGGAUGCAAGCGACAGUUCAUCCAUCUCCAAUGUGGAGGAUCUGAUUUCGAUCAUCAGCAACAUGGAAGGGCAGCAGGCGAUUGUUUUGGGAUCAAAUCAAACCGACGAUAAUAAUCGAGAUAAUUCAACUCAGCUUCGGGCCUCUAUCGGCCAACAAAAGUCUACAAACAAUCUCCUUUACCAUGACACGGCGGAAGAACGCAACGAAAAUAUAACUGAGAUAUUUGAGCAAAUAUCGGAAAACUACAGGGAAAAGUUUAAAAUUGAAUCUAAAAGUGUUUUAAACAGCAGGUAUCACGAUCUGCAACUACCGAACGUCUAUAAAGAAAAGCUACUGCAAAAAGCCGAAGAGGAGCACAGUAUUCUAAAAGACAUGUGGAAAGGCCUAAAACACAUUAAAAUACUGGGAUCAAAGUCGUCAAGCUAUAACGGCAAAUUCACUGUUAACCAGCUGUACGGAGUGACAGCAUCUACCAGCAAAGAAGUUUCUUCAACAAAGCAUCCAAGCUAUUUGAACCCUUUGGUAGCUCCAAUUGAGCCCAAAACCUCACCGCUCAAGCAAACGGCAGCUAAACGUAGCUGCAGCAAGAAUUCUCUAGGAAAAAACAUCGCAUUGCAUAACACAUUGAACGCAAAGUCAAAUAUCCACGAAGAAGCCAUUCUGGAGUGUUCAGAUGAAAGCAAUUUUAAUUCGUUAAGUUACAUUUACUACAAUCCGGCUUAUGUGCCAGCUGAGCAAAAUUUUGUUGAUUUCCACAGCAAUCACACAAAGGAUGUUGAAAUUCAUCGACAAUCUACACACAUCAAUAGACCAUCAUCAAGAUCGCCAAAUUUUUCAUCUCGUAACUCCAAAAGAAACAAAUAUCAAUUGCUGCCUCAUAGGAAUGAUGAAGUUUUAAAGUAUAAAGCGAAAACAGAAAAAUAUAUAAUCAGACACGUACGAAUAAGGAUUAUGCUUUCGUUGCGGAUUGGGAAAAAAAUUAAAGACGACAAAGGAAUGAUGGCGAAGAUUGAUAGUGUUAAACAGAGUGCUCGGAAAACUAGUGGUGAAAUAGAGGAUAUGAGGAGAAAUAUAAAUAGGAUGCAUGAGGAGCAGAGGAGGAUUGGAAAUGGGAAAACGUCUAUCAAAAUUCAAAACAUGAGGUACGGUCGUCUUAACGUACUGCGCUGGCUACUGUGGGAAGCAGAGUCAAGAGAGGGCAGCACCAUCGGCAGCUGCGGCGGCAUGCCCGCGUUGGAAAAAGGUGCCGCGACCGCAGUGGGGGAACCACAUGGUCCUCCCAACGGAAAUGCCACUUUGGCGCUUCAUUAUGCCGCCGCUAGAGGAUGCUUGGACUGCGUUCGACUUUUGGUGGAUUCCUCAGUCGAAUUAAGCGCUAAUACUCAGAUGGACAAUGACGUGACACCAGUUUAUUUAGCUGCCCAAGAAGGCCAUCUCGAUGUCCUCAAGUUUCUCGUUUUAGAAGCAGGAGGUUCUCUAUACGUGAGAGCCAAAGAUGGAAUGGCUCCUAUUCACGCUGCUAGCCAGAUGGGAUGUUUAAAUUGCGUUAAAUGGAUGAUUCAAGAUCAAGGUGUCGACCCUAAUCUGAGAGAUGGAGAUGGAGCGACUCCAUUGCAUUUUGCCGCCUCCAGGGGUCACUUGGAUACUGUGAGAUGGUUGCUUAAACACGGCGCAAGAUUGAGCUUGGAUAAGUUUGGAAAAAGCCCCAUAAAUGAUGCUGCUGAAAAUCAGCAAGUAGAAUGUCUGAACAUCUUGGUGCAACACGGUACCACUCCAGAUUAUAACGAUUCUGAUAGACCCAACAACGGAAAAAGUUGUUCUUGUGCAAGAAAAGGAGAUCACAUAAAACGAGGAAAUAGCACAGGCUCUGAUUGCUCAACCUGUAAGCCCAAACAGGCUGUAGGUAACUCAAAAAACUCCAAAAGCUCUUUGGCAUCUCUGGAGCCUUUCUAUUUACACCCUCCCCUCAAUGGUAGGAGCAUGGAACCAGCACACGCUCCAGAGAAUGGGCUUUAUAUCAAUCCGAUGACCAAUCAUAGACACAGUGCGUCAACUUGCUCAGAUACCAGCUCAAUAGGAAGUGAGUCUUUCUACCUUCAUAAUCCCAGUGAAGUGAGCAAAGAAGUGGUGUACAAUCGAGUCAAGGGGUUGUUCGAUUCGAAUGGGGAGCAACGACCAAUGUCGGGAUUAAAAGUGAAAGUUGAAGUUCAUUCCUCAUCAUCCGGUGCAGGAUCUGACGAAAAUCUGUCAUCUUCGGAUUUAUCUUCAGUUCGAUCGAAUGACCACGAAAACGACUAUGAGGACAUUUACCUCGUUAGAGAAGAAGCACGAAAUCAAGAAAGAACUAACAUUCAUAAUAUAAAUGGACGAUCACGAUCCAGAGACUCUGGUUCACAUAGCAGAUCAGGUUCGAUCAGCUCAUCCAAUUCAGGAUGUAACGUAAUAGUGAAAAUGACUCCCAAUGGAAACACCAAGAACGGAAUAUACAAAUCUAACGAGUUCCUACCUAAACCUCAGAAAAUUGAAAAGUUAACCGACAGAAAACCUAUGCAAGAUAGAGAGCGAACUUCAAACAUUUCAUCAGUUCCGGUAGAGGCUUCGCCACCUCCACCACCACCUCCACCUCCGAACAACCCCAGCUCACUCAUUGACCCCAAUGACCCCCAUUUGAAUGAACCCAGGGGAGCUGAAAUCGUCGAAGUGGUUGAAGAACCCACCCUUAGACCUUCGGACAUUGUGAAGGGCAUGUGCAGAAGUAUGUCAGCUCUAUCUGCUCGUCGGUUGAAUUCUUCCUGUUCCGACCUCACAAUCGUCAGUCUUAACGACGAAGACAGACAGUCAACAUCCAGCACUAUUCUAGCUACACCAGUGAAUCGUCAACGAGUUUUACCAUUUGUGCCUCCCAGCUUUCCACUAGCUGGCUCGAACAAGCUAAUCAAACCGUCUGAAUUUCUUAGAAGUAUCAGCUCAGCUGACAAACGAAAUGAUGGUCCCAGAGAAAUAUCGAUGAGUGAGGAUGAUAAAAAAGCUGAUAUGGACAAGGAAGAAGAACAGACCAAUAGCGACAGUAAAGUUGUUGGGCCUCCACCGCCACCCUUGCCAGAGUUUAAUGGCGAUUUAACACAAAACGCCAUUUCAAAACAAAGCACCUUAACACACCAGGAGAAAGUAAAAAAGCAUCAACCUUUGUCAGCGAUUAGCAUCCAAGACCUGAACUCGGUCCAGCUGAGAAGAACUGAAAAACUUGUUGCUUCUAAGACUUUCUCAGCACCCACUAGAAGUGUAUCAUUGCAAUGCCUCAAUACGGCUGAUUCAUUCAUGGCUCAGAAAACUGACCUAAUCGCCGAGCUCAAAAUGUCGAAGGAUUUAACUGGACUGAAGAAAAUGAAGAUCGAAAAAGCGAAAACGGAACAGACAUUGGAAAGAGAAGUAAUAGUUGAAAUUCGAAAACAGUUUACUGCUAACAACUUUAUAGAGAAGAUUCCAGACAAAGACAAUACUGGAAACCUAAUUCCUGCUUGGAAAAGGCAAAUGCUAGCUAAGAAAGCUGCAGAGAAGGCCAAGAAGGAAAUGGAAGAACAGCUGCAAAAAGAUGCUGAAGAAAAGCGUUUACAAUCCAUCCCUCAAUGGAAACGACCAUUGCUGGCCAAGAAGGAAGAGACGGAAAAUAAAAUAAGGCAAAUGAUCUACACGCCGAAAGUAGUGGAAGAGCCAAAGGUAAAACUCCCUGACAUGAGACAACAACAACCGAAUAACGAAAAAGAACAGGAAGAUAUUAACAACAAUCACAUGAAGGAAUACGAUAAAGAAAGCAAUAUGACUUUGAGUAACAACUCUUUGGACGACGAACCCUCUGAUGAGGAACCCAAUAUUAUUCCUUGGAGGGCACAAUUACGAAAAACAAACAGUUCUUUGAAUCUUCUCUGUUAAUAGAUUUGAGCAUGACUGAUUAACGUUGAAAAGCACUGCAGUCGCUAAAAUGUUAAGGUUGUUUUAUAAAAAAAUAUAUAAAAUUUUCUACCUUUUAGUUUUAGAAUAUUUACCUCAAUAGGUAUUGUUAUUAGCUAUUGUUUAACUUUUGGUUACUAUGUAUGCUAUACCACUAUUAAAUAUAAUAUCUAAAACUAAUAGUCAUUUUUAUGUGAUUUUUAAAUUGUUCUUUACAUAUUAGCUGUAACUUAUAUUUUAUUUUCGUUAUGUUUCAAAUCUUUAACAGGAAAUGUUUCUUUGAACGUGUUACUUAAUCUUGAUCUUAAAUUGCUCUAGCAUCAGAAAGCAAUCGUGAUGAAACAGACUAUAAAAACUAAUAUGCAAGGCACAGGAUGAUGGUAAAUAUUACAGUAAUACGUUAAAAGAACAAUCGUUUCGUUUUUUUUUUGCUUUUUAUAUAUUUAAUUUAAUUAUAAUAUAUCGUUGACAUACCCACUGUUUCUGAAAGUUGUACGGGGCUUUUCAUUUGUUUGAUGUUAUGAAACAUUCUUUUAGGAUUAGAUACAUUAUUCAAUUCAAAAUUGAAAUCGCAGAAAAAAUACUUUUGAGUUAUUCUCGAUAAUAAAAACUGAAGAAAAUUUUCUAAUUGUUAUAGUUAAGCUAUUUUAGUAUAUUAAUAAUGUACAUAAAAUAUGAAUAACGUUUCUUACCAUUAACCAUGUAAUAAAGUAUUUUAAAAUAUA